AUGGCUCGCAACCAGCAGCUGAGGGUGCUGCAGGCACUGGACGUGGCGAGGACGCAGCUGUACCACUUCAUGGCGAUCGUGAUCGCCGGCAUGGGCUUCUUCACCGACGCCUACGACCUCUUCACCAUCUCCCUUGUCGCCGACCUCAUCGACCACAGGUACAACCCAGAUGCCCGGAGAGGAAACUUUAUCCCCGUCCUCAUCAACGCCGUCUCCCUCUGCGGCACUGUGCCUGGGCAGCUCGUCUUCGGCUGGCUCGGCGACAAGAUGGGCCGGAAGCGCAUAUAUGGCGUCACUCUGCUCCUCAUGGUCUUCUGCUCCCUCGCCUCCGGCUUCACCUUCGGCAAGAGCACUAACAAAAGCGUCCUGAUCACACUCUGCUUCUUCCGCUUCUGGCUCGGCUUCAGCAUCGGCGGCGACUACCCGCUAUCGGCCACCAUCAUGUCUGAGUAUGCUAACAAGAGGACACGCGGUGCCUUCAUGGCCGCUGUUUUCGCGAUGCAAGGUUUCGGAAACGUUGCGGCGGGGCUCGUUGGCACAAUCACAUCAGCAGCCUUCGUGAACUCAUCGCCAGACAAAAUUGAUUAUGUCUGGCGCAUUGUUCUCAUGUUUGGUGCCGUUCCUGCUCUCCUCACCUACUACUGGCGCAUGAAGAUGCCCGAGACAGCACGGUACACCGCCCUCAUUGCCAAGGAUGCAAAGAUGGCCGCGUCAGACAUGUCUGCUGUCCUCAACAUGCACAUCGUUCCCGAAGAAGACGGCGUCAACGAGCUCGCCAGCCAGGACCAAUAUGGCCUCUUCUCCUCGGAGUUCCUCCGCCGCCACGGGCUCCACCUCCUCAGCACCACCGUCUGCUGGUUCGUCCUUGACGUCACCUUCUACUCCCUCAACAUGUUUAUGAAGGACAUCCUUACUAAAGUCAGGCUGCUUGACAUUGACGAUGACCUUCGUAAGUUCAAGCGAACGAUGCGCAUCACUGGAGUGCACACGGCCAUCGCAGCGGCAUGUACAUUGCCAGGGUACUUCUUCGCGGUGGCCUUCAUUGACCGCAUAGGACGCGUGAAAAUCCAAUUGCUCGGCUUCACCAUGAUGACGGUCUUUCAACUUUGCCUUGCCAUCCCUUAUCCUAAAUGGCUAGAAUGCAACAGAAACAAAUAUGGAUUCGCCGUCCUGUAUGGCUUCACCUUCUUCUUCGCCAACUUUGGGCCAAAUACUACGACUUUCAUCCUUCCAGCAGAACUCUUCCCGGCACGGUUGCGCUCCACAUGCCAUGGUAUAUCAGGGGCGGUCGGGAAGAUCGGCGCCGUCGUCGGCGUGUUUGCCUUCCACUUCUUGAGGAACCAAUUCAGGGCCUUGCUGUUUGUCCUUGUUGGUUGCAAUCUAGUUGGCAUUAUGUUCACUCUUCUAUUGCCGGAAACCAUGGGUAAAUCUCUUGAGGAGAUUACUGGAGAGACAGAAGAAGGUCAGACUCUGGAUGAUGGAGCUACAACGGUCAACGCAGACGACGGCAUACACGUUGUGCCUGUCUAA